AUGGAUCCCACCAGUUAUCCAUUUUUGUUACCUGUUAUUGUGCUUGUUUCUUUAUCUUUCUUUUUCUUCUUGUUAUUUUUUCUGAAACGAACUACUUCUGAGGCCAACACUCCACCCGGAUCGCGGGGAUGGCCAAUCGUGGGAGAAAAUAUUUAUCUCGGUUUCUUGGGUCCUCCUAAAUUCAUUGAAAAACGAAUGAAAAGGUUCAAUCCUGAUGUAUUCCAGACAUCUUUACUUGGAGAGAAAAUGGCCUUCUUUUGUGGACCUCAAGGAAAUAAGUUCGUAUUCACCAACGAGAAUAAACUUCUCAUGUCGUGGUGGCCUAAAUCUGUAACCAAAGUUCUUCUAUUUACUGAAGUCAUCGAUGAAAAUCAAAAAGUCGUAGCCCCCUUACUUGCUAACUCGGUUCAUGAAAUUCUUAAGCCUGAAGCAUUAAAAAAGUACAUUUCCAAAAUGGAUUCAAUGGCACGCCAACAUAUGAAGACCGAUUGGGCUCCAUAUCGUGAAGUUAAGGCACACCCUUUGUCUCAAAAGUACACGUUUGCUCUUUCUUGUAAACUCUUUAUGGAUGAAGACGAUGAUGCAAAAGUUGCCAAGGUGUUGGACAACUUUAGGAUUGUUACAAACGGAAUGAUUUCAGUGCCUAUAGAUCUUCCUGGAACUGCAUAUAACCGUGCCAUUAAAGGAGGAAAAGUGCUUCGUGACGGUCUAAUGAAAAUCAUAGCAACACGGAGAAAGGAAUUAACUGAGAAUAAAGAAAUUGAGAGACAUGAUGUAUUGUCACGAAUGCUACUUGUGACAAAUGAAGAGGGGAGGCUUAUGAGUGAGAAGGAAAUAUCGAACAAUAUCAUAGGUUUACUAGUCGCUAGCUAUGAAACUAGUAGCGUAGCAAUUACGUUUGUUUUGAAACAUCUGGCAGAGCAUCCACAUAUCUAUGAACAAGUUUACAAAGAACAGAUGGAGAUCUCAAAUUCUAAACAAGCAGGGGAGUUGCUAAGCUGGGAAGAUAUUGAAAAGAUGAAAUAUUCUUGGAAUGUCGCACGAGAAUCCAUUCGCAUAGCACCACCUGCUCAAGGAGCUUUUCGAGAAGCUUUGACUGACAUCAAAUAUGCAGGUUUUACCAUUCCAAAAGGAUGGAAGAUAUUUUGGAAUGUAAAUACAACACAUAACGAUCCAAAAUACUUCCCAAAACCAGAGAAAUUUGAGCCUUCAAGAUUCGAAGGAUCUGGACCGGCACCAUACUCGUAUGUACCUUUCGGGGGAGGACCUAAAAUGUGCCCAGGGAAAGAGUAUGCCAGAUUAGAGAUACUCGUUUUUAUGCAUAACUUUGUGAAAAAUUUUAAGUUGGAGUUGCUCAUCAAGAAUGAAAAGAUCGAGUAUCUCUCUACUCCAGUCCCAGCAAAAGGUUUACCAGUUCGACUUUACCCACACAGCAAGAACUAGUAGGAACUGUUUUUGAUAAGCCUGUAAUAUUCAAAAGCUAAACUGAACACGGUUUAAGAAAGCUCAUGGUUAUUUGGUGACAUUCAA